AUGACUUCCAACGCCAUCCUGGCCGGCAUUAUCAUUCUCGGCGUGCUGGAGUUAUAUACUGAUGAGGAUGCACUCAUCGCAGUGAUCUACGCAGUUGGAUGUGGAGUGGCCCUUGGUCAAGCUUUGUUUGAGCCCGCGAUGUACGAAUUGUCUGCCAUUUUCCUUCCAGCCAGCCGACACACCUAUGUGUGCUUGGGGCACUGGCAUGGCUGGCAUCCUGAAUGUCUUUGUCAACAUACUCAUUCAGGCAAGUGUCAAUCUUACAAGCUUUGCAUCACGGGUACCUCAGGCGACUCCCACACUGCAGACCAGGCGCGCUAUCAAGAAGUUGGCUUCUGCGCUGCCAUGAUAAUCGUCUCUCUGUCCAACAUUGCGGUGUACUGGUAUGGUAUCCGAAAGAAUCUCUUGUACGCCAAGUAUAUCGAGGAAGAUGAUUCGUUGAAGCCCAAUAAGAACCCUUUUGCGGCGGGCGGUGUCAAUACGACCGCCAGUGCUCUAGAAUCAUCAACCGCUAUGGCGACAGGAAGCGACAAGAAUAGUUUGGCCUGGGGUACUCGCAAUAUAUCUCUGCUAUCUUACAUCGCUGACAAUAUUCCCAAACAUUCCCGGCCUGAUGUGUCUCGGGUCGAACUUCACGUCUUUACAACUCUAGUGGUUCAACUUCGUACUCUUGGCGUACAAUCUGGCACGACUGUGGGAGUUGCGGCAAUCGGAUUGCUGGGAGUGGGUGCUUUGGGCACUUUCCUUUACCGCAGGAGGCAGUCCGCUAAGCAGGACAAAGAUAGCGCCGCACAGCCAGGUGAAGCGUACUUGGACCCCAGAAUUGAGCAAAUCUAA